AUGACCGACGACAACAAGGUUAUGUCGUCUGCCGACGUCGAAGACACGCAUUCCGUCAAGAUAGGUGAAGUUGCUUCAGCCAAUGUUGACGUAGCCGCCGCCUACGCUCAUCAUCUGACGGGCGAGAAUGCCUACACACGAAAGGAAGCAACUCGCUUGCGAUGGAAGCUAGACUUGCGUCUUGUGCCAUUGUUAUGGUUCAACAUCACGUUAGGCGCUAUGGACAAAGUGACGACUGCUACCGCUGCCUUGUAUGGCUUCCGAGCUGAUACCGGUUUGACUGGAGAUAGAUAUAGCUGGGUCGGCAGCGCCUUCUAUUUUGGUUAUCUAUUUUGGUGCCUACCCAGCGGCAGUCUACUUCAGCGCUUUCCGAUAGCCAAACUCAUGUUCGUCGUGCAACUCCUCUGGGGCUGUAUCCUCAUCGCAACCGGCUUUGCGAAUAACUUCCCCACCCUUAUUGCACUACGUGUGCUGCUUGGAGCUCUCGAAGCGCCCAUCGUCCCAGGCAAUUUCCUCAUCAUCGGCAUGUGGUAUCCUCGACGUGAACAACCACUUCGAACAGGUCUAAUGUAUACUGGUCUUUCUGUAUGCUUCACUGGUCCUAUCGGGUAUGGAAUCGGUUUCCUGGCAGGCGAACACCAAUGGCGCGCUAUGUUCUGGAUCACAGGCGCAAUGACCAUUGUAUGGGCUUGUGUGAUCGGAAUUUUCUUGCCUGACAAUCCUGUCAAAGCGAAGUUUGUCACGGAGCGGCAGAAGGCCAUUGUAAUCGAUAAAAUCCGGCAGGAUCAGACGGGAGUGGAAAACAAGACGUUUAAGAAGGAGCAAAUGAUUGAAGCAUUUCUCGACCCGAAGACAUGGCUGAUGUUCUUCUUCCAUAUCUGGAUCAGCAUCCCCAAUGGAGGCUUAACAAACUUUACACCUCUAAUCAUCAAGGGGCUCGGUUACACCUCUCAGCGCUCAACGCUCCUCACAAUGCCUACCGGUAUCUUGCAGACUGUGGCAUCAUACGUCUGUAACGGCGGUGUCUUCCUGACUGCGAAGUACUUCCCCGCGAAGCAGCUGCGAACUGCUUGGGUCAUGUUCGGUAUUGUUGUCGGUAUGAUAUCUGCAGUGUUUCUCUAUGUUCUACCUCUCGACAACUACAACGGUCGUCUCGCAGCGUUGUACUGCUCGUACUUCUACCUUGGUCCCUACAUCGUUGCACUCGGUAUCAACACGGCAAACACUGCGGGCCACACCAAGAAAGUCACCGUCAAUGCUUUGGUCUUCAUCGCCUACUGUGUUAGCAAUAUCAUCGCGCCGCAGUUUUUCAAGGCUGACCAGGCCCCGCUGUAUCCACUUGGUAUGGGCGCUGUUCUGGGGAGCUACGUAUUAUCGAUGAUCACGAUCGCCAUGUAUGCGACGUAUUGUUGGUAUGAGAAUCGUAGGCGCGACCGCAUUGACUUCGAUAAGGGUGGAAGGGUACACGCAGAUACCGACUUCCGUGAUCUGACUGACAAGCAGAACGUGCACUUUCGAUACGUAUGGUAG